CGUCUCUCUCUCUCUCUCUCUCUGAUCCCAACACUGUUCCUCAGUCUGCUCUCACUGUGCAGAUCGAGUCUCUCUGGACUGAGCUGCAGGAAACUCUCCGGCCCUCUGCUGCCUCCUCGCUUCAGCUAUCCUAAGGUAAUAACCCGGCCCACGUAACCAUGGCAAACUCCUUCACCCGCAUGAUGACCGGCCGUAACACGGCAGUGAUGUUGGCCGUGGGAGCUGGUUCUCUGGCAUCUGGAUACCUCCUGACUGAGAGCGCUGCUGCUGCAGAGAGGAGGAGGCUCUACCCACCCAGCGCUGAUUUCCCUGACCUGAGGAAGCACAACAACUGCAUGGCAGCAGCUCUGACCCCAACCAUUUAUGCACGCCUGAGGGACAAGACAACACCCAACAACUGGACCCUGGACCAGUGCAUCCAGACUGGAGUGGACAACCCUGGACACCCCUUCAUCAAGACCGUGGGGAUGGUAGCUGGAGACGAGGAGAGCUACGAGGUGUUUGCUGAGAUCUUUGACCCUGUUAUCAAGGACAGACACAACGGCUAUGACCCUCGCACAAUGAAGCACCCCACUGACCUGGAUGCUUCCAAGAUUACCUCAGGAAUGUUUGAUGAGCACUAUGUGUUGUCAUCUCGCGUCCGUACUGGUCGCAGCAUCCGUGGGCUGAGUCUUCCCCCGGCCUGCUCUCGCUCUGAGCGCCGUGAGGUGGAGCGUGUGGUCGUCAUGGCUCUGUCCGGCCUGAAGGGAGACCUGUCUGGUCGAUACUACGGUCUGGGAGAGAUGACUGACAGAGAGCAGCAGCAGCUCAUUGAUGAGCACUUCCUGUUUGAUAAACCUGUGUCACCUCUGCUCACGGCAGCUGGGAUGGCCAGAGAUUGGCCUGAUGCUCGUGGGAUCUGGCACAACAACGAGAGGAACUUCUUGAUCUGGAUCAAUGAGGAGGACCACACAAGGAUCAUAUCCAUGGAAAAAGGAGGAAACAUGAAGAGAGUGUUUGAAAGGUUCUGCAGAGGACUUAAACAGGUGGAGCAUCUAAUUCAGGAGAGAGGAUGGGAGUUCAUGUGGAAUGAACGUCUGGGCUACAUCCUCACCUGCCCCUCCAACCUCGGCACUGGGCUCAGGGCUGGUGUGCACAUCCGUCUGCCGUUCCUUGCAAAGGACCCUCGCUUCAAAAAGAUCCUGGAAAACCUGCGACUACAGAAAAGAGGCACGGGAGGUGUGGACACAGCUGCAACCGGAGACACCUUUGACAUCUCUAACCUCGACCGUCUGGGCAAAUCUGAGGUGGAGCUGGUACAGUUAGUGAUUGACGGCGUGAACUACCUAAUUGAAUGUGAGAAGAGGCUGGAGAGGGGACAGGACAUCAAGAUCCCCUCCCCGAUCCCUCAGUUCAGGAAGUGAACGUCACCUCGGCUGACAAUCCUGGAACAGAGCAGCCGCUAAACUGCUCGUCUUACAAGAUAUUCACGGCAUGUAUAGGAACUGUACUGACUUACAAGUACAAUAAAUUCAUUACGUGUAUGUGAAUUCUUAACACAAUAAACUCUCAUGAUGAACUAA